AUGUUUCACUCGCCCAUUUUCUGGCUCUUUUUGUUCUGCUUGGCUGGCCCACAAGCGGUACGCACCGAGCCGUACAAUUCGACGUCUUCACUGACGACUUCUCCGGAUGACGUCACCGCAGAUUUGUUGGUUCUGGCGUCUGAAGAAACACCGACACGGGCGCCGCGACCGGUGACAAAGCAGGGAAAUGCGAAGAAGGUGGUGAAGGUGCAGAAGGCGGAGAAGAAAGAUGAGGAAGCGGACGAUGUGGAAGACGUGACGCCUUCAGAAGACCCGCUGUAUGUCACAGAUUGCUCGGAGCCCCUGAAUAAGGAUAUAUCAUGUUCAGUCAACAUAGUGGGUUGCUCUGACAACGUUUUCAAGUACGUGGAACAGGGACAAGAGCCACCGCGAGCGCAUGACGUCAGAAUCGCGCCGACGACAAAAGUGAUGGGUGCAAACCGAAUUGACAAGAGGAAACAUCGACUGCACGUCGACGUGUCAUGGCAAAUACCUCAAUUAGAUUCGUCGAGUAAUUUGAAAGCAUUCAAGUUGAUCGUCAACGGACCUGAUGGCAGGAAUACGUGUUUUGUGUUCAAUGUGACACAGCAGCCGCAUAAAGAUGAGGAUAAUGUGGCGCCACGCUACCGAUUCUCUUCCAACACGUUAUUCGAGUUCGGCCACGCCUACUCCGUCACCAUUGUCAGUCUUCCAAUAUCCCGGAAACGAUCUCCAAAAGUGUCGGCUACCAGUCAAAUGCCAGAUGAUCCAGAUGAGGCACCCACGAAACUUGUGAAAACACACGAAGAGAUUUGCUCGGGAAAAUCAAAUCCGCAAGCAUCAAAAUGGGCGGCAAGUUAUCGGAAGAUUUUCUUGUUCAGUGCGAUUCGAAUGAUUCAAAUCGAGUUCUUGGCAGCUCCGCCACAAUAUUGUUUUGAGGAAUAUGAGGUCCGCCUCCUCGACAGCUCUGGAAUCGUUAUGCUCCAAUCCGCCGUGAUCUCCAAAGACGACCUGAAAACUGAAAUCAUCGAUGGCCGAGCUGUACAAUUUGGAGAGUACAACUUCACUGAUAUCGAACUCGACACCAAUCUGAUCCCAUCGGUCAUACCCAUUGAAACUGCACAUGAUGGCCGAUGUCUGUGUGAGACUGAAAACGGUUGCAGCUGUCUGGCAGCUGAUUGGAAACCUGUGAAGUUGUCGAAAAUCGAAAAACCGCCACCAGGCACCAACGACACUGUAGUUAGUGAUGAGAAGACGGGGAAGGAGAAGAGUGUAGCAGGAACAUGGCAUUGGCAUCAGUAUGCUAUCGCUGCUGCCAUAAUCAUUGCAUCGAUUUUUGCGUUAAUGGUUUUGUUUGGUGUCCGAUGCUAUAGAAAGUUUAAUAAGACAAAGAAGGCAGCAUCCAAUGUACAUCUUAUGAAUGAGAACCCAGCGUUUUCGCAUUCCGGAUCUAUUCCACUGAUUUUAAAGCAAUCCGUGUCAGUGUUGAUCCUCUACAGCCAUGAUUCUUCUCAACACGAAGCGGCGGUCCUGGCGUUUGCAGAGUUGCUGAGGGAUGUGUUCCAUUUGAAUGUUCAUCUCGACGCGUGGGACGAGGACGAUAUCGAUGAAAACCGUUUCGAAUAUCUCAAUUCUAGCAUCGUCCGUUCUGACAAAGUGAUCCUCAUCAAUUCUAUUGGAGCCUACUACCGUACCGUUUUCCGUUACAAGCGGGAGCCAGCGUUGGAGAGAAUAGUAAGGGGAAGAAACGAUGGACUGUUCAAUACGCAGUGUGAAUUGGCAUUGCAACACCCCUGCAUAAUCUCCUGCCAUUUCAACUACACCAAUCCAAAAUACGUCUUGUUCCCUGUCAAACGUCUACUUCAAUACUCGAUCCCAGAGAAUAUUAUGACAUUGGCCAGCUCUCUAACCGGACAACCGGCACGAGCAGAGCAACUUGCCGGUUUCAAUCAAGUUUUUGCCCGUUUACAAGCGGCUGUGUCUCGAAAAGCGCAUUAUAUCGAAAGUGAUCCCCAAUGGUUUGAACACACUCAUCAUAGAGUGGAGGAUCAGGUGCCUGUUGAGGAGGAGGAUCCAGUGGAUUUGAUUCCGUUGCCACCAAGUUUAAGAGUGAGAGUGGAGAAUGAGGAAGUGUUCGAGCAGUUGGAUACAAUGCCAAUGGAUGAGUUGGAGCAGAAAUUGAAGAAGAAGAAUCUGACAGAGGCGUUGGAAUUGAAGGAGGAGCCUUAUUCAGCUUCAGUAGAUGUGGAGCCAGAAGAAAGACCGGAGAAGUUGGCUUUGCUAGAGGAUCCGAAGCAAGAAUCUGAUGAAGACGUGGAAGAAGAAGAUGACGUGGAUUCUGUGGAGGAUAUCAGUCCUACUGCCAGAAUAGAGGAGCUCCAGAGACUGAUAGUUCAUAAGGAUAUCAAUCAUGAUUCUGGGAACCUCGAUUCAGCGUAUGUCAGUGGAUCUGACUUUUCGACGGAUGUUCAUACAGAUAUUAUCGACAAACCUCGACUGAACUCCGAAGUCGACCGUCGGAAAGCAGCACGAGAAGAUUCCGCGUUCCAUGAUGACGUCAUCGGUGUACAUUAA